AUGGGUUGCGGAAGCAAUAAAGGUCCAGUUGUUGCAGACGACAAACUUAUUAAAUUAAAAACAUUUAAGCCAAGCCCAGCAGUAAAACUUCCUCCUGAAGCUGCUGAAGGGUUUAUUAAAGUUUUGAAAUCAAAAAGCAGCAAUAUAUCAAAAUUUUCAAGUCUCUCAAAAAACACAAGCAGUUUCUUUACUGCGCAACCACCAGAUGAACCAUUGACACAAUUAAAUUCUGAUAAAGGAGAUCAUAAUAAUCCAAUUGAAAAUAACUUAAUAGAAGAAAUAUCAAACAUCCCACUUAAGCACUUGGAGCCAGAAAUAUUCGAAAUACACGAAAUUGAAGCAAUGACAAAUGAAACACCUGAAACCGCUAAGCAGGAUUUAAUUUCUAACGAAAAUUUUGUUUCUGUUGAAGACAAAAUAGAAACCGGCAAUCAUCAAGUUAUUGAUAUGAUAGAUCUUGAAUCUCAGAAAGAAAAUGAAAAGAAAUUAAUAAGUGAAGAUGUUGAUAUGAUAGAUCUUGAAGCUCAGAAAGAAAAUGAAAAGAAAUUAAUAAGUGAAGAAGAAAAAUCUGCACCUAGGGAAGAGCAAGAUCUUGAGAUGCUUAAAAGUCAAAAAUAUAAAAUUAAGAUUAAAGGGAUUAAAGUCUUCCAGACUUGAUACUUCCACACGCUUGUGAUAACCUAAACUUGAUUGCCGGAGGAAUUCAGUCGCCUGAGCCCUGUUUCAACAGCGGUCUAUUCCGACCUGGGAUUUGCAUCAAUAUCCCUGAAUCUCGACUGGUAAGAAAGAUUCCUCUUGCUUCGCAUCAUUUGGGUCCUAUGGAGGCAAAGAUCAGCCUGAUGCCUCCUGUCGGUCACCUUUGAGCGGAGGUGACACCCAGAAAAAAGAGCCACAGCCCUCCGGAGCCGGCAGGGAAAGAGCCUGUAGUCUAAAAACCAUCUGAAUACUUAAUAAUUGGACUUGAAUUGCCACCAGCUGACUUCCAAGAUUUACCAGCCCUAUGCGGUUGCUCUCAGCAAACUAAGGUUUAGGAUUAAAUGGCCUGAACUUGGUUUAGGCUAUAAACACAAUUUUGGCGCCUAAAGAGGUACGUCGUCAUCAAGGACAUAUUUUCGUCCACUACCAUACUAGCUAUAGUCAAAAAGAGGAAAUUGAAAAGAAAGCUGCAGAGGAUGCUGAAAAGCUCGAAUAUGAAAAGAAAUUAGCUGAAGAAGAAGAUCUUGAGCUACAGAAAAUUCUUAUGAGUUCAAUGAUUAAUGAAGCCCAAGAAAUAACUGAAAAAUACACUUAG